AUGGAGCUUGAGGUGGUCCGAGUGUUGGACCAUGAGCAGGAGCAGCAGGAGCAGGGGCAGGGGCAGGGGCAGGGGCAGGGUGGAUGGCAGCGGCCUACAUUAGCAUUGACAAGCCAACAAAAAAACCUCAUUGCGCAGUUUCUUCUACAACGAAGUAAGGCUGGAGUGCUGCCAAGAGGUUCUUCUGCAGAGGCUGCCAAAAGAUUCAACAUCCACAAAAGGACAGCAGAGAGAAUUUGGCACAUCAGCAAGCAGCAAAUAGACAGAGGGGAACCUGUCAUGAUGCAAGGCAAAGCAAAAUGUUAUCAACACAAAGAUAAACUCAUUCUAGAUGGAGAUAAGUUUAGAAACAUGUCCAUGCUUGAGAGAUCAACCAUAAGGAAGGUUGCUUCUAAGAUGGAACCAACACUAGCUGAAGGUAAACUUCUUUACCAUUCAAUGCACAACAUUGUUCAUAUUGACGAGAAAUGGUUCUACAUGACAAAGACAUCAGACAGAUACUACCUUUUGCCGGAUGAAGAUGUGCCAUACAGGUCCUGUAAGUCCAAGAGAUUCAUCACUAAAGUGAUGUUCAUGGCUGCUGUCAGCAGGCCACUUUGUGGGCCAGAUGGGGAAAUCAUAUUCGAUGGUAAAAUAGGCUUAUUCCCAUUCACAGAACAAGUACCAGCCCAAAGAAGUUCAAAGAACAGGCCAAAAGGGACAAUUGAGACAAAGCCUAUUCAAUCCAUCAACAAGGAAGUCAUGACAACUUGUCUCCUAAACCAGAUUAUACCAACAAUCAAGGCCAAAUGGCCCGCCAAUGCAAGCAAGAAGAUUUUCAUCCAGCAAGAUAAUGUCAAACCUCACCUCAGAGCUGUUGACCAACAGUUUGAAUCACUAGCUAGUACUGAUGGGUUUGAAUUCCAUCUAAUUAGCCAACCACCCAACUCCCCAGACACAAAUGUGUUAGACCUUGGGUAUUUCAGGGCAAUACAAUUACUUCAAGAUGACAAACAAGCCACAAGUGUAGAUGACUUGCUUAGGAAUGUGUUUACCUCAUUUGAAGAACUCUCACCACAAACUCUCAAUAGAGUAUUCAUCACAUUGCAAAGCUGUUUGACAGCAAUAUUAGAAAUGCAUGGGAAGAAUGACUACAAGAUCCCUCAUUUAAACAAGGACAGAUUGCAGAGAACAGAGGGGCUGCCUUUACAAUUUCAGGUUGAAGAGGGUUUGGUGAGAGAGAGUUUGGAGUACCUAAAGAUGCCUGAAAACAACACUGGGGACACAUAUGACAUAUGGCUGCUUAACCAUGAUUUAGGGUACUAG